GCCCUUUAAUAGUUCGUCCGCACUCAAUAAUUAUGAGGAUAGGCCAGUUCGGAUCGAGGUAACAAGCAAUAUUAUCGUGUGUCUAGUUGUCGUGUUAUCUUGUGCUUACUAUGAUUUAUUUAUUUUUGUUUGGAAUUCUUAUAAUAUUUUUAUAUUAUUAUGGAACAAGAACAUUUGAUUAUUGGGAGAAAAAGGGAGUUAAACACGAAAAACCAGUGCCAUUCGCAGGAAAUAAUCUUAGACAAUUCUUGCAAAAAGCAAGUAUGGCAAUGAUGGCUACAGAAACAUACAAAAAAUACCCUAAUGAGAGAGUCGUGGGAUUCUAUAAAGGCACUAGUCCAGAAUUGGUCAUAAGAGAUCCAGAAUUGGCGAAACGCAUAUUGGUUACAGACUUUCAACAUUUUUACGCGAGAGGUUUUAAUCCCCACAAGACCGUUAUAGAGCCACUAAUGAAAAAUAUUUUUUUCGCUGACGGAGACCUUUGGCGGCUAGUAAGACACAGAUUUACCCCUGCUUUUAGCACAGGUAAACUUAAGGCAAUGUUUCCUCUUAUUACAAAGAGAGCAGAAAAGCUCCAACUUAUUACUGAACAAAUUAUUAAUAGAGAUUAUUACGACGCUCGUGAAUUAAUGGCGAGAUACACGACAGAUUUUAUAGGUGAAUGUGGUUUCGGUAUUAACAUGGACUCAUUAAGUGAUGAAAACUCUCAAUUCAGAAGACUCGGUAAAAGAAUUUUUCAUAGAAAUUUUAGAGAUGCUUUCGUUGCUGCACUUAAAUUGAUAUUCCCUGAAUUAUUUAAGCAUUGGAGAUUUUUAGAUCUUGAAUUAGAAACUAAUAUGUUGCACUUAUUUAGAUCUGUUGCAAAAGAAAGAAAUUAUAAACCUUCAGGAAGAAAUGACUUUAUCGAUUUAAUGUUAGAACUAAAGGAAAAGGGUGAUUUGACUGGAGAAUCUAUUGAGAAGAAAAAACCAAAUGGGGAUCCUGAAAUUGUGACAAUAGAGUUGAGUGAAUUGUUGAUGACAGCCCAAAUGUUUGUGUUCUUUGGUGCUGGCUUCGAAACUUCAUCUACUGCUUCUAGUUAUACAUUGCAUCAAUUAGCUUUCAAUCCAGAUUGCCAAGAAAAAGUUCAAAACGAAAUCGAUAUGGUAUUAGAAAAAUACAACAACGUUAUAACUUAUGAGGCUGUCAAAGAAAUGAAUUAUUUAGAAAUGGUAUUCUACGAGGCCAUGAGAAUGUAUCCCUCAGUCGCAUAUUUGAUAAGGAUGUGCACGUCUCAGGAAUACACUUUCCCAGAAAUUGAUUUGACAAUAGACAAAGAUGUGAAAGUUGUGAUCCCUAUCCAAGCAAUACAUAUGGACGAAAAGUAUUUCCGAGAACCAAGGAAGUUUGAUCCCGAAAGAUUUAGUUUUGGUGCCAAAGAAGACAUUAAGAAUUUUGUAUUUUUACCUUUUGGAGAAGGGCCCAGAGCUUGUGUCGGAGCGAGAUUAGGACAGAUGCAAUCAAUGGCUGGCAUAGCGGCCGUUCUUCAGAAAUAUACGGUAGAACCAGCUGGCUGUAGUGUACGGAACCCACCACCGGAUCCCGCCGGAAUCGUAUCAGAGGGUUUCGUAGGCGGAUUGCCUCUAAAAUUCAAGAGACGUAGUCCACCAAACUUAUGGGUUAUCGACUAACCCCAAAUGAGAUCCCCCUAUCGAAAAUGGGUAGAAAUGCUUCGACAAUGAUUGUAUAAUAUUUGAUAAGUAGUAUUAUUUUUUUUUUAUUAUUUAGAUUGUUAAUGUCUUAGAUUAUAAAUGUUUGUUUAGCAUAUUACUGUUGGUAUUUGUUCAAUUUACCCAGUUACUCAAUGCUCACUAAUAAAAGUUAAAAAGUUAUAGGUUUGAUACUGUCAUUUACAUCAAAAAUGAGUUAUGCUUCUUAGUACCAAUAUAAUAGUUAAUAGCACCAUUAACUCUACAGAAGGUCGGAUUUCUAUAAAAGACUUUAAUUUAACCCUAACUAAACAGUAAUGUUUCAAAUUGAUUGCAAAAAUAUGUCCAUGAGACAUGUAGUAAAUUAAUAGCUUAAGUAUUUGAUUAGAACAUAAAACGGGUUAUUUAAUAAGACCGGUUAUACAAAUAUUAAAAUUGAUUUUGAUAGCAGUAUCACCUGGAGUGCUGCGUAUGUUUAAUAAAAAAACUUAGUCGGAGAUUUUUGUAACACCAAACUUACCAUUGCAAUAUCCAACAGAUUGAUGCCAGGAUCUCCUUUUUCUCCUUUAGGCCCGGAGGGUCCAGGUGUUCCAGGUGGCCCUAAAGUUCCAGGGCGGCCCUGAAAUGUAACUUUUGUUGAAAAUUAUUUAAAGUAAAUAAACAAGUUUACGGUACUUAUGAUAUGUUAAUAGAAGCUAUUACGGAUACGAAUAGAUAUACAGAAAAUUAUAAUUGGAAAGAAUAUUUUAUAUUGACUUACAAAUUACUUUCAAUAAAUU